AUGGCUGAGGCCCUUGGCACAGUGGCCAGUGGCCUGCAGGUGGCAGCACUGGCCGGAAAAAUCAUCGCAGAUUGCCUGAAAGUCCGCACCCUUUACCGCGAAAUGCAAGGGGCAUCAGCUGAGAUUUCCGCUAGCCUUGAAGAAAUACACAUCCUGAAUCAAGUACUCGAGGAAGUUGGAAAGUCACCGAUGGCCACGCACUUUCUACGCCUGGCUGUCAUCAUUCACCAAGACGUCCUUGCUAGAAUGAACCAUCGGCUCGAGACGUCCCUUCACCUUGUGCUUUUCUCGAUCCAGCUGACCAUGGUCUCAAAUCAGGGCAAGAUAGAAUCAUCGACUGUUGAAAUAAGACAACUCCUCAACUCCCAAACCUCUCUACCAUGCACUUUCUACGCCUCGAUUACUGGACACUCCUGCAACGCUCCCGAGGAGGAGCCUUGUUUGGCAGCUCCCAACCACUGGGAUCAGAUAUGCCUGAUACUGAGAGAUGGCGACGGAGCGAUCCUCCCGAUAUCGCCACAGGUCCAUCGGAAGAACAUUUCGGAUGGAGCGACCUUCGACAUCGUGCAUACGGCGCGUGACUCAAAGGCAUGGCAUGAUCACUCGUCGAGCUGCCUCGACAACCUCGCACUUCACAAAUUCUCCAUAAUGGAGAUCAAGCAACAACUCAUCUCGCGACCCGAGGAGCUCGUUGGGCCUGCACCGCAUUUGGCCGGACCGAAGCAGCCACACCUCAGCACACCAGUAUCCCUCGCUGCCAGCCUCAACAACUUGUGGCUCUACCUUGGAUGUGCAAACAGAGCCAUGGCUUAUUCCAGGAAUAACGAUGCCACCGCCGCCGACAUCAACAGAGAUCGGCUUUUUGCUACCGGGACUUUCAAGAAUGUGUGGCAAGGCCGGUAUAUCUCAGGCGCCAGGACUGGUCAAGCAUGCGUCGCCAAGGAAUUCAAGAGCAGCUCUGUGUUUGAGGACCACUACUUCCAGGAAGAGUUGAAUAUUAUCGACCGAGCCCAGUACAUCAUUGACAACUGGCAUGCCGCAAACAUAGUGAAUCGCCGCAUUUUGAUGAGUCGACCCCAGAUAUGGCAAUACAGGCGCAAUGGGCGCAAGGCCCUGGUUGAGCCCUUUAUUCUCAACUUCCAAAAGUUCAACAGCAACACGGGCUGGAUUCCAAAUUCCAGGGACUCGUGGUGUGAGGCUAUGCAAGCCUUGAGCCACUUUUCUUAUCACAUCACUGGCGGCCAAUUCCUGUUGUGUGACUUGCAGGGUGGCACGCAUGGUGACGUAUUCAUCCUCUCCGAUCCCGUCAUCAUGUCAGCAUCUUAUAGCUGUGGGCCUGGCGAUCUUGGUCCGAAAGGGAUCCAUGCCUUUUUCCGAAGACAUCAAUGCACCCGCUUCUGCGACACCCGUUGGAUCAAGCCCAGAUCGAGUGCCAAGUCAGAAUUUUCGAAGAGGAGGGGCACGACUAUGGUGUCUCGAGUGCCAACGCGCCAGACCCGCUUGUCUCUUGCGAGGCGGACUAGGUGA